AUGUCUCUCCCUUACCGUCAGAGGCAGACUACCUACCAGUCUCCCGUCCGCGGAGAGUCCUGGAGAGAAAUCCCUGAUAAUACCUACACUACCUCAACUCGGUCGCUGCCAGGCCAUCUCUCUCCUCUGGCUCCUCCCAUGGCCUACUCAAGCUCGACGGACAGCAACCUAUCCAUCUCCACAUCAUACAGCGCAGCGUCAACAUACUACAACACCAUCCAGUCAUGUCACUCACCCCCAAACUCAUAUGAAUAUGACGCUACCUGCGAGUACGAGCCACGUAGUUCGACGCAGGGGCGGCCCAAAAGCCACUCCACCUCGUCCAAUCAGGAGUAUAUCUUUGAUGGCCAGACCAUGGCUGCCCUUCCCUCCAGCCCCAGAUCAUCAACAGCUGCAGAGAGGUACGUUGCCACUCCAACCCCAUACUUUGCCCAUCAAUCACGUUACCAUAACAGACAGACUAACUCCGGUUGCCACCCAUCUAGGUCUACCCAGCGGUUUAUCUGCCUGUACGAAAACUGUGAAGGCUCGUUCAGCCGGGUAGCUGAUCUGAGCCGACACCAGAAGUCAAUCCACUUCCCGACGAGAAUGGAUUGCCCCAAGCCACGCUGCAACCGCAAGGGCUUCAUGGGUUUCACUCGCGAAGACCAUCUUACCGAGCAUCUUCGUCAGUUCCAUGGAGAGCAGCUAGCCAAGCGUACCUCCAGCAAGUCCAAACGUGCUGAGGCUACAUGCUAA